CUGCUCUCUCUCCCUCUCCCCCGUUACAUUAUUGCGCUCUCUCUCUCUCUCUCUCUCUCUCUCUCUUUCUCUCUUAUUUGUGAUUGUUAAGGUAGAACAAGUUCAAGAAGAAGAAGAAAGUGGAGUUCCCAUGGAAGUUUGCCGGAAAAUGUCCAACUUGCUCGGCGAGACAACCGAGCUGAACCUGAAAGAGACCGAGCUGUGCCUUGGCUUGCCCGGCGGUGGCGGGGGAGCUGAAGCGGAGACUGUGAAGAUCACCGGAAAGAGAGGCUUCUCCGAGACUGUCGAUCUCAAACUCAACCUCCAAUCCAAUGAAUCGGCUGUGGAUCUGAAGGAGAAGAUGAUGAUGAACACUCAGACCAACAAGGAGAAAAAUCUCCUUCCCAGCUGCACCAAAGAUCCCGCCAAGCCACCCGCCAAGGCACAGGUUGUGGGUUGGCCACCAGUGAGGUCAUUCCGGAAGAACAUAAUGUCUCAGAAGAGCAGCCCAGAAGAGGCUGAGAAGGGCGGUACUAGCGCCGCGUUUGUGAAGGUUUCCAUGGAUGGCGCCCCUUACCUUCGCAAAGUCGACUUGAAAAUGUACAAGAGCUACCAAGAGCUCGCCGAUGCCUUGGCCAAGAUGUUCAGUUCCUUCACCAUGGGAAACUAUGGGGCCCCAGGAAUGAUCGAUUUUAUGAAUGAGAGGAAGUUGAUGGAUCUCUUGAACAGCUCUGAGUAUGUGCCAACCUAUGAAGAUAAGGAUGGAGACUGGAUGCUGGUGGGGGAUGUCCCAUGGGAGAUGUUUGUCGAUUCAUGCAAGCGCCUUCGCAUAAUGAAAGGAUCUGAAGCAAUCGGGCUUGCACCAAGAGCCAUGGAGAAAUGCAAGAGCAGGUGCUGAACUGCCAGGAUUGCCCAAGAUGGAUCGAGCAAGCAGCUGGGUGUGUCUGUACUUUAAUAUUUUGAUAUAUAGUAUAUAGAUAUAUAUCAAAGAUCGAUCUGGGGACAUUUGUAAUGGACAAGAAGCAAUAAACUUAGUUGUUGUCUGGCUUGUUUAUUACUAAAUUCCCUUGCUUAAUAAUCCCCCCUUUUUGAUGCUGUUGGUUGUUGUCCUUGUUGUCACAGUUGCUGCCGCUGCUGUUGUUGUUGUGGGUUUUAUUAUUAAUUCCUUCAAUUCUAAUGCUACGAUCUUUUCUUUUCUCCCUCCA